AUGGCGUCCACUCAUUCCUCACGACAUGCACCAACUCCCUCCUUGUCGAGCGCGCACUCGCGCACCACCUCCUUCUCCAGCGCGUUCUCGACACUGCCACCACCACUCUCAAGCCAGGGCCACGGGCAGUCGCCCUCUGUAAGCUCAUCUCGUGCCCACACUCCGUCGUUCGGCCACGGGCAAUCACCCUCAACGACAUACACGCCGUCGUUGGGACAUAAUCCCUCGCCGAGCCUCGGACACGCGAUCCCUCUCACGCCUAUAAAGGAGCUCGCGAGCGCACAGUCGUCCCCAGCCCGGCAACGCGUCGUGUCGGCUGCCCAGCGAGAGGCUGCGGAGAGCGGUGCCCCCAUCAGCGGCCUGUAUGCGAAGAGCGGGUUCUGGGACGACGACAGCGAUGACAACGAAAAAGAGCGAACGUCAUGGCGCUCAAGGUUGAGCGGAAGCACGUCAUCCAAUACCGGUGAUCGUCGCAGUGUCAAGAGCACAAAGAGCUCAAAGAGCGGCGGCGGGCGGUCGCGCAGCAACACAAUGUCGGGUAUAGUGAGCCCGUCGCCGCCCGUCGAUGCUAGUGCUUGGCCGUGGACGCGCAAGUCGCAGCAGGCGGUACCUACCAUGGCUUCGACACAUGGCCGAGGACCUUCCAUUUCGCAAUGUCACGGUCGUGUGCCGUCAGUCUCACAAAGUCACGGACGCGGACCAUCCAUGGCCGACAGCGUCGGGAUGGCGACCCGGCCAUCGAGCACCCAGAGGCCACCCAGUUGCCAGCCCUUCCCCACUCCAAGCCCAUCCACCGUCUUCCCCUCGCCAUCAUCCACCUUCCAAAGCCCUGCAACACCCUCGUCCGCUGAACUCCCUUCACAUACGCCAUUGCCCGAAGUGCCGCAACUCAGGCCGCGCAAGAGCAAGACAAGGCUACGCCUGCUGAGCAAAUCAGUGCGCCAGAACGAGAUGGACAGUCAGGAUCUCAAGACGCCAAUUCCGCGCCCUCCGUUAUCCCCGGUGACGAACACGAACACCCCGACUGCCAAGCGCGCGCCAACCCCUUUGGAGAACAAGGCGCUUGAUGGGAAGAAGCAGUCCGCGUGGAAACGCGGCAUGGAACGGCUAUGGCGGUCCAAGUCGGCGGGCAACAUGCGUGAGCAGUACCGCCACACAGAGCAGGAGAACAUGCCUCCUGUCCCCUCCCUUCCCGUCGAGCUCGUACACGAGAAUGCUCGCGCGCGCCUCACUUCCCAGGCGCAGGCAGGCCCGCCAAGGCCCUUGUCACCUGCCGCUCCAGAGGCUGCCUUCUCUCCACCCUUCGCGUUGUCGCCGGACCCCUCAGUCCACUCUCCGCCCCUCGCAUUUUCGCCGGACCCCUCAGCCUCGUACCUCUCGUCACCAAAAUUGAACGGGGGCGGGGGACUUGCCCGCGCGCACUCGCACCGCAGCAGUAAAGAUGACUCGAUACUUGCGCAGCUGGAUCAGAAAUACCCGACCUACUGCGCGCUCUCGGCUCGGAUCAACGUGACGCACAUAGAUGACAUGGAGAAAGACCCCUUCGCGUCCGCCAUAGACUACUCGUACCUGCUGGGUGGGCGCCGCCCAUCGCGCUCGCCCUUACCGCAAGAGUUUGGCGCUCUGCCCUCCCCUCCGCCUAUCGAGGGAGUCGGCACACCCCGCAACUCGCCAAGUCUCACAAACCUCAAGCAGUCGCUAGUCCCGCGUCUACGCAAGAGCAAGAGCAUGGGUGUCACACGCCGGCCUUCAAGCAUCCUGAGCCAUUUCCGCAGCGGCGUUGAGGGCGGUCGCAUGUCACGCGGUGCGUCGCCAGUGCCGUCCCCGACGAUACGUCCUUCGACUCCAGACCGCGUCCCCGCACUCGAUGAGCUGGUGGCGGUUGCAAUGCGCGAGUCGCCUCUGGCACCUCCUCGUCCGCAGUUCUACGACAGUUUCGACCUCGGCGACGACAGCGAUAGCAAGGAUGCCCCGCAGCAGUGUGUUGAACCUCUUGAGAAUCUGGAGACGAUGGACUUGGUUUCGUCAGCGCCAACUUCGAGGCGAGGCUCACUUCGUUCUCGAACGACAUCUACGUCACAGGCACCAGACCUCUCGAUCGACGUCACGGCGGCUGUGUCAGUGUCUGGCUCGUCGAUCGAGCUCGUCACACCUCAAGUCUCGCAAACAGGCGGAAGUGGACGCCACUCUCCCGACCAGUCGCCCAGUGACGCUCUCGAGCACCCGCCCGCGCUCGAUCAGGAUGACAUCAUGACACCUACUGCGAUGCAGGAGAUGUGGGGAAGGCGAGGCCACUCGCGAACACAAAGUGAGGAGGCCUUUACAAGGGCUCUCGCCCAGAAGGCGCACAGGCGGAAUGAGAACCCGUCUCAGGACGAUCGGUCCGAAACGUGUCCCUCAACAUUUGGAACACAGUCCUGGGAGGCUGCCAUCGCCGCAUUCCCCACUAUUGACGACCACGUCAACAGUAAUCCUUUCCACAACUACUGCAACAAUACCGGCCCUGGAGAACGCGAGAGUCUUGCAUCCAACACUGCCGUUGCGCCCACCGACUCGUGCACCCACAGCUUCGCUGACGACACCCCACCUUCCCGCUCUUACGACCACAACCACGCGGAAUCUUCCAGCGACGCGCCACCCAGUGACCAGAACAGUGCCAUGUGGUCGUCCUGGCGCGAUGUUCCACGCCGCCGGGUGUCAGGACAGAGCGAAUCGUCCCGCGGCAGCAGCCGCAGCAGACACGCGCGUACUGUCGAGGGCGCGUGGGAUGACUCCGGCUCGGACACUAGCGAGAGCGAAGACGAGGACGUCCCACUGGGCAGCUUGCACCCCGGCGCGGCAGCCGCGCAGCAGCAGCGCCUAGCCGAGCAGAAGAAGCGCCGCGAGGCACGUCGGGCGCAUCGUGCUAUGCGCGAAGCGAAGAAGGAAGCCGAGCUCCGCCGCAGCGCAACGUCUGUGACCAACAACUCGCGCCGCCAGUGGAACGGCGAGGGCAUUCCUCCAGACGCGUUAGCUGGCCAGCUCGAGCGCGUGGCGGUCAAAAACGCUCCGCCAAUCCCGUCGCGCGCUCUGCGUCCCCCGCCGUGUGAGCGCAGCGACUCAGGCACACCAUCUUUAUCGCGUUCGACCACAGUGGGCCGCAGCGCCAGCGGCCAUAGCGCGAGGAGCGGUGCCAGUGGGCAGCGCAUUCCGUCGGAUGGCGACCGCUCGGCUGCGCUUAGCCGGGCAACAUCGAUCAACUCGCAGGCGACGCGCAAGCGCUCGCAGUCGAACGCUGGGCGCAUGCCCAUGCCCACAACGCCCACUGAGCCGACGCCUGCUCGCCGCUCAACCGCCGUGCGAUGCAUGGUUGUGCGCGGUUCCGACGCGCGGCCCAUCAACCUCGACGCGUUCCCCGAGACGACGGCACGUGAUGUGCUCAUGACCGCGCGCGCACGUGGCGACAUCGCCGAAGGGAACUGGGUCGUCGUUGAGAGCUUUGCCGAGCUCGGCCUGGAACGCCAAGUGCGAGAGCACGAGCUGAUCCUCUCGGGCGUCCUCAAGGGAUGGGACGCGACUGCGCCGAACGUGCUCGUCCUCCGCGAGAUGCCAGCCCACAACGUAUGGACACGCAACAUCCCAGACACGCCGCCCAUGGUCUGCGGAUGGGUUCAGCUCGAGACCAAGCCGGGCAAGUGGGCCAAGAAGUGGCUCGACGUGCGCGGCGGCCAGGUCUUCCUUAGCAAGAACGAGAAGGGCAAGGACGAGGUGCACAUCAGCACCCUCUUCACGGAUGUGUACACCGUGCGCAAGAGCCGCCAGGCGCCGAUGCCGUACACUUUUGCGCUCAAGAGACUCGACGCUGCCGCUUCGUUUCAGAACCCCGCAGAGUACAUCAGCUUCCUGGCUACCGACGACGCCUUGGGCUGGAAGUUGCACAGCGCCAUCUUUGCCAGCCGCUCUGUCGCCAUGGCCCAAGCCGACCCCGGUGUCCGCGCACGCCUCAACCUCUCCGCCCACACCCACUCCCACUCCCAAUCCCACUCCCACUCUUUCACCACUCCCGCACCCGCCAUACCCAUAGGCCCCAGCCUGGCCAAACACACCGGCCUCAGCCGGACGCCCACUGGCCACAGCUCGCGCCCGCGCCCACGCCUCUCUGCCGGCCACGGUCCCUCCGGCGGUCAGCCCCUCGUCGACCUCAAGGCCAAGCAGAUGGCCGGCUUUACUGGCCAGGGGCUACUGCGCAGCAACCAUCAACUGUAA